UGCUCCUGCUCCUGCUCCUGCUCCUGCUCCUGCUGAAUAUUUUCAGCUUCACUUUGUACCUCAAGGAACCAGGACACCUCAUGGCCCUGCUCCUGAUGCCCACUGGGGAGAGCCUAGACAGCGAACAUACAUGGUGUCUGAAUCCGACACAACCUCUGGUGCGUCACCCUACAGAACCUACACUAUGUCUGGAACGGACACAACCUCUGGUGUGACACCCUACAGAACCUACACUAUGUCUGGAACGGACACAACCUCUGGUGUGACACCCUACAGAACCUACACUGUGUCUGGAACGGACACAACCUCUGAUUCUUUUAAGCUUCCAUUCUUACCCCAUGGAACCAGUACACCUCGUGGUCCUGCUCCAGCUGCACACUGGGGAGCACCUAGACAACGAACGUACGUGGUGUCUGAAUCCGACACAACCUCUGGUGUGACACCCUACAGAACCUACACUAUGUCUGGAACGGACACAACCUCUGGUGUGACACCCUACAGAACCUACACUAUGUCUGGAAUGGACACAACCUCUGGUGUGACACCCUACAGAACCUACACUGUGUCUGGAACGGACACAACCUCUGAUUCUUUUUGGCUUCCAUUCUUACCCCAUGGAACCAGUACACCUCGUGGUCCUGCUCCAGCUGCACACUGGGGAGCACCUAGACAACGAACGUACGUGGUGUCUGAAUCCGACACAACCUCUAGUGUGACACCCUACAGAAUUUAUAGCAUCUCUGAAACCAACAUACCCCACUGUGUGGUACCUAGCAGAAUCUACAGUUUGUCUGAAACCAACAUACCCUCCAGUGUGACACCAGGCAGUACAGGUGUUGGGUCAUCAAUGGACAUAUCCUCCCAUGUGAUACCCGGCAGACCUUACCGUGUGUCUUCAGCCAACACAUCCAAUGUGACACCCAGCAGAAGAGGCAUUGGGUCAUCACUGGAUACAUUCAUCAACCUAAUACCAACCACAACCGAUACUGGGUCAUCAAUGGAUGGGGUCAUCAAUGGAUGCAUCCUCACGCAUGACACAAAAUAG